CUGAUUUAUCGUAAUCUGGCAAUGGAGAAAAUACAAGCGAUCCGUUGGUGAAGGAGCGCUCUGCCGUCGGUUUAAAAAAAAAAUGUGAAGUUGACGGUUGGUCCGAACUCGAAUUCUCGUCAGUUUUCCUUUGCCCGGCUUUAAUUGAUAAAACGGCUUUUUUUUCAAAAUUAUCGUCGAGUUUCUCAUCGGGGAAAAAUGAAAAGGCCGCUUUUCGAGGGCCACUGUCGACCUACUGCUGCCGGGAAACUCGGCGAACGGUAGUUUCCGUUGAAAUGUGAUCUCCACCAACUUGUUGCCUUGCCUCCGUCCGCCGUCUUCUGCCCGAAAAUGUCAUUCGAAAAUAGUUUCACGGUUGACAGUCUGACGAAAAAAUUGAAGAACGAAGACCCGGCCCAAUUCCAGACCCUGGUCCGAAUGCACUUGUCCUUCGUCCUCGAUCUCAACUCCGACGAGACUGAUGGCCCUGCUGGAAAAGGAAAGCCAUGGCCUUUGAAAUGGAGUUUUGUACCGUUUUCAAAAAAAAUCAGAGGUCCAUCUAAAGGGGCUGUCGAAGGUGUCCCUCUUACUAAACACGUGAUAAAUCAGAUUUAUCAAUUAAUUGAAUUUCUUACCAAAGAAGAAAAUGUAUCGCAAGAGGGGAUUUUCCGUAGAAGUGGCAAGAUGACAAGACAGCAGGAGUUGAAAUCGCUCCUUACCCAAGGUGCUAAAUUCAACUUAGAAGAUGGAAGUUUUUCUGUACACGAUGUCGCUACAGUUUUAAAAGGUUUCUUGGCUGAGCUUCCAGAGCCCUUGUUAACUGAAGCUUAUUACCCGGCUUAUUGUCAAAUAGCAGAUCUUUACCAGAACAAAAACUUCUCCGAAAUUAAGCUGUCAAGAUCCCUCCAGUUAUUAUUUAUGCUACUACCAAAUGAAAAUAGAAGAAUUUUAAAGGCCAUUCUUAAACUGCUUUUUGUUACCGCUAGCCAUGUUGGCACGAAUAGAAUGUCUGCUGAAAACUUGGCAACGCUGUUUACACCUCACCUACUGUGUCCUAGAAAGUUGACCCCUGAAGUGUUUCAUACCACUGCGCAAAACCUCUCUUGCAUUGUUGUUUUCAUGAUAAAAGAAGGUCUGAAGGUUUUUGACGUACCUCAAUCGUUGGCGACUGACGUUAAGGCUUAUUGGGAUAGUAAAAAUUGUAAUCUGCUGGAAAAAAGUAUAAGUGAAGGCCCCACGGCAAAAACGGUUUUCACAUUUGUCGAUCGUGAAAGAACGGCAAAGGAGAACAACGUAAAUCCAACGGAAACCGCUUUAGCACAACUUUAUGCACACAUUCAGGGUUUACCAGAAUCCAGUAAGAAAAAGAAACUUAUUAAGCAAUUCAACAAAGAAAAUGGCCAGGGAACACCUAGAACAAAGAGUCUGGGUGAUUCAAUUAAGAAACAUAUUUUCUGCAAAAAUCAGAGUGCUAAGCUCAAAUAUUUGGCAGAAUUUGCCAGUCUGAAGAAUGGAGUUUGUUCCAGUGAUGAACAAUUAAAUGAAGCGAUGAUAACUCCACGGAGUCGAAAACCAGUUGUAGCCCUCUCAGGCUCGAACUUGUGCCACAUCAACCAUUCGGGCUGGACGACAAAAAACUUGUCAUGGGAUCGCCGACCGGAGACGGUGGAAGUCUCAAAGACAGCCCUGACAAAUUUGAGUGGGGAGCAAGAACCGGAGGAGUCUUUGACCUCCCCGUUUCGGGAUUACCUGUUCAGCCGCAGUGUCCUGACAGCCAGUCCAGUGGAUCUGAGUUUCUCAUCGAGGACAGGAGAUUUCGACCCGUCGUCUUCAGGCGACGUGGGAGGAGAAGAAGAGAAGGCCCUGUCAGAGUCCCUCCUGUUCUUCCUGGACGGAGGGAGCCCACCAUCCUCGACAACGAGUUCUGGAUCCCGCCACAAGAGAGAUCGGUCUGAAGAUGACCAAGAACAGGGAAGUGGUAAAAGAUCAGAGUUGGAUUCAAGUAGUGAAAAUGAUGCUACUUCUCAGAACUUUGUCCCAGAAACGUCUCUUUGAUUUCUUACGGCUCAUUGUAACGUGUACAAAUCACAUGUAGUGUGAUAAAAGCUUUAAAAUCAAAAAUCUCUUUCUAGCAUUUUAUUUUAUUUUAUUAUUUUUUUGGCAAAUUUAAAAAUUUAAAAUUCAUGUGCCAAAAACUGAACAUAUACUUGUAACGGUUUCUGUGUGCUCAACUGAUCGAAACAUAUUUUUCAAUAUAUAAAUAAAAAUAAAAAAAUAAAUCAUGAUUUCUGUAGGUAAUACAUGUUUCAAUGAGGUGUUUGCACAUAUUGAACUGUACAUUUAUUAUUAUUGUUCUCGGUGCUCAGAAAGUGUAGAAUGAUAUAUAAGAAAAACAUUGCAGUAUUUGAUCUUGACAAAAGUAUUUUUCUGUAUUCCAAGUAAAUAUAUCUAUAUUUAUUUAUAGCAACUAGUCAAUACUAAAUCUAUUAAAAACCUGUUUUUAAGCCUUCCGUUAUUGAAAAUUGGUAUCCCACACUUUGAAUUAUGUUGUGUGGUUACAAGUUGUUGGUGACUUCUUAGACUAACAUCAAAGUAAAAAUUCUUUUAUGACUUGUUUUUAUGUAAAUAUAUGCAAAU